AUGUCUGACGACAAUUUUAUGCUGGAAGAUGAUGAGGAGGAGGUGUAUAAUUUCGAUUAUGAGGAUGACGAGCAGGAAGAACCUGAUGUUGAUCUAGAAAAUAAAUAUUACAAUGCCAAAGCAUGGAAGGAAGAUGAUCCAGAAGCAGCGAUACGUGAAUUUCAAAGUGUCGUUGAUACAGAGACAGAAAAGGGCGAUUGGGGAUUUAAAGCGUUAAAGCAGAUGGCAAAGCUAUCAUUUAGAGCUGGAGACUACGAUGCGACGCUCACAUAUUACAAACAGCUCCUCACUUACACAAAAUCAGCUGUGACGCGUAAUUACAGUGAAAAGAGCAUAAAUAAUAUACUAGAUUUUAUAUCGUCAUCUCAAGAUAUGAUCUUUAUGGAGAAUUUCUAUUCAACAACUUUGGCCGCAUUAGAGGAAGCGAAGAACGAGCGUCUAUGGGUGAAGACUAAUCUGAAACUAGCCAAGUUAUGGCUAGACAGGAAGGAAUACACUCGCUUGAACAAGAUUCUUCGUCAACUCCAUCAGUCAUGCCAGAAAGAUGAUGGAACUGAUGAUCAACGCAAAGGCACUCACCUCUUGGAAAUCUUUGCUCUCGAGAUUCAAAUGUAUACCGAGACCAAAAACAACAAGAAAUUAAAAGCUCUUUAUCAGCAAUGUCUUCAUGUCAAAUCUGCUAUACCUCAUCCGAGAAUCAUGGGUGUCAUCAGAGAGUGUGGUGGAAAGAUGCAUAUGAGUGAGAAGGAAUGGGACAAGGCGCAGACUGAUUUCUUUGAGAGUUUCCGUAACUAUGAUGAAGCCGGUAGUCCACAGCGCAUACAGGUCUUGAAAUAUCUCGUUCUUGCGAAUAUGUUGACAGAAUCGCAGAUCAAUCCUUUUGAUUCACAAGAAACGAAACCGUAA